CGGCAAUUUGGUCGCUCAAUUCUAUUGUUUCGAAGAUGUAACCAUUCCCGUCGGAUCUUCAUACGGUCUCUCAUCCGACGCACUCAUCGUAAAAGUAUUCCAGGCUCCGCACCUCGGUCCAGGCUCGCCUACAGAUCCGAGGAAAGCUUUCCGUAUCUAUCGUCUCAUUGCGAGGCGGGCGGAGGUAGGAAUGGAGAAGGGGAAAGGCGUUGCACGGCGAUGGGCGGUGGAAUUCGCCGACAACUCUUCAUAUUCCUUGCCUUCUGACAUCCCAGAUCCCCUCGGUUUCACCCGAUCUUCUUCUGAUCCCGAUGAUGCAAAUGCCAGCCGGCAGAAGAAGGACGCUGAAGCGGCUUGGAAGGCGCAGAAAGCUUGGGAAGUGGCUCAAGCCCCUUUCAAGAACUUGUUAAUGAUGGGGUUUAUGAUGUGGAUGGCUGGAAGUACAGUUCAUUUAUUCAGUAUUGGUAUCACCUUCUCGGCCCUUUGGCAACCAAUAAGUGCUCUUCAAGGAGUUGGAAAAGUUUUCGAACCUUACAAGGAUCCAAGGGUGGAUACUCUUGCACCCAAAUUGCUCUUUAUUGCCCUUAACUUGGCUGCGAUGGCAUUGGGUGUCUGGAAACUGAACUCAUUGGGUCUUCUCCCUACACACGCAUCGGACUGGGUUUCUUCACUACCUACUGCUCCAGAAGUUGAAUAUUCUAGCGGGGGACUUCCUUUCCACUAAUGCGCUUCUUCAUCCUUGGCUUUGUUUGACGCUAACAUGGAUUCUCAUGGCGUAGCGGAAAUUUUUCUGUCAGUCCCAGAUUUUUUAUUCAGUCAUGUGAAAUGUGAUGAACUUCAUAUAUUGCCCUGUUUGAGGGCUUAAAGACUUAUUGAACAUUGUAUUAGAGCUUGGUUACCAAGUGUUUUAGAUUUUUGGCUUAAACUUCAUUGAGUCUAGAAAUUUCUGUUAACAAUGUGAUUUUUCGUUGAUUGUCUACAUUUUUAUGUUUGCCACAUAGAUACAAUGUGUUUCUUGAUGGGGUCA